UAAUCUUUACAGCACAGUUUUGUCCAAUCAGAUUUAGCUUUAUUACAAACAGGAAAAUUGCGCGUUAAUGGUGUUCCUUGCAGGACGAGCUUCCUCCUGGUGCUAAAUCUACACCAUGGAGCCAAUGGAGAGAAUCAGAGUUGUCCUGCUGGCUUGUGGCUCUUUUAACCCCAUUACCAAUAUGCACUUAAGAAUGUUUGAGCUGGCUCGAGACCAUCUUGAAGACACAGGCAAGUACAAGGUUAUACAAGGCAUGAUUUCUCCAGUUGGGGAUGGGUACAAGAAGAAGGGUUUGAUUGAGGCCCAUCACAGGGUGCAAAUGGCCCAACUGGCGACUGAGAGCUCAGAUUGGAUCCGCGUCACAGACUGGGAGAGCCAGCAACCUGAGUGGGUGGAGACAGCAAAGGUUGUGAGGCAUCACCAUUCAGAGUUGCUGGCAACCCAGCAGAAUGAUGAUGAUGAUGAUGAGGUGGACACUGUGAAGUGUGGUAAAAGAAGACGACUAGAGGAGUCUGAGUGUGUGAUUCAGGGCUCCCCUGACUGUUCCACAAGGAAAGACAUGCCCCAGCUGAAGCUGUUGUGUGGGGCAGACGUACUGGAAUCCUUUGGCGUCCCCAACCUCUGGAAGCCUGAGGACAUCGCAGAGAUCGUGAGCAGCCACGGCAUUGUGUGCAUUACGCGGGGUGGCACCGAUACUGAGCGCCUCAUCCAGCAGUCGGAUGCACUGUGGGAGAACCGCAAGAACAUCUACAUCACGCGCGAGUGGGUGACCAACGACAUCUCGGCCACGCAUGUUCGUCGGGCGCUGCGGCGCGGGCAGAGCGUCCGCUACCUGCUGUCGGACCCUGUUCUCUGGUACAUCCAGCAGAAGGGGCUCUACAGUGCAGAGAGUGAGCAGAAGAACGCGGGGGUCAUGCUUGCACCCCUACAGAGAUACAGUGGUGGCCUCGAUUACACUUGUGUGCUCCUUUCAGUAAAAAUGGCAGCCAGCCUUUGUGGGACCUGGGACAUGAUCAGCAAUGUCAACCCUAAUGGAUACAUGAUUGCGUUGGGGAUGGGCAUUACCUUUCGCAAAAUUGCUUUGAGACUGAAGCAUAGGAAAGUGAUCGAGCAGGUGGGGGAUGUGUACAUCAUCAAGACUCUGAGCUCCUUCAGGAACCUCACCACCUCCUUCAGGCUAGGCCAAGAAUUUGAAGAAUUCACCAAAGGCUUGGACAACAGACAAUGCAAGUCGCUGGUGACAUGGCAAGGGAAGACACUGGUGUGCAAUCAGGAGGGAGAGAAGAAAAACCGUGGCUGGGCCCACUGGAUUGAGGAUGAAAAAUUAUAUUUGGAACUGUACUGUGAGAACGAGGUCUGCAAACAAGUUUUCAAAAAGAAUGCACAGGACAAAGUUUGAUAGAACAGCUAUCUGUUAUUUCUUUAAAGCCAUAUGAUGUGCUGAGGAUGUAAAACGAAGAAACUUAAUGUUCUCUAUCUAAGGUGUUUCAGUGACAGGAAGCUCACUGCCAUAAACUUGACAGUAUCAGACCCUGAUAAUGUCUCGAUAAUACACAGUCCACCGGGAUAACAUUUACACUCACUGACCUCAAGGGGGCAGAAAGCGCAUAAAGUAUCCCAACUGCUUUCAGCUGAGAUAUCAGAAAAAUAACACUGUCCUCUUGAAUGGAACACAAAAUUGUCAUCAUGAUAAACUGUCUACUCUGCACCUUCCCUUAUUAGCCACAGUCAAUAUUUGGCAGUUGUUUUGAGAUUUCUUGACUUGUUGUUUUGGAUGAGGUAUGUCUCAUGUGAUAUUGAACAGAUUAUCGAAAUAUGUUUUUACAUGGAGUUUUGCAACACAUUGGAUGCAAUUGUAUGAUUAAGUGAAUUUCAGUUUGUCAUAAUUGCAAUAAAAAUUCUACCAUUUAUGACAUGGUAUGCAAUGGCCCUUUCAAAGUACCCCUCAUACUCACACACACACACAAACACACUUAAUGGGAAGGGGGUCUAUUUGAGUUGACACACCCUGCAUACACUCCACACUUAGAGCACAUAAACAAUAGUCGUGAUUUCCAUUGUGUGCACCUGCACUCACUUAAGUCUGAGUGGUAUCCAGUCUGUCACCAUCCAAUGCCUCUUCUUACCCAUUUACCAAAUAAAUAAAAAAAAUCAAACAA